GCAAUGUUACACACAGAAAAAGAAUUAAAUGAACUUCUCAUCUGUAAAGAACAAGAACUGAAAGAGCUACAAGCUUGUCAGAUCCAUUGUUUGAAAACGACACUGCAAGAAACCCAAAAGCAGCUUCAAGAAAUGAAUAGGAAAUUCAACAGAUUAAAGGAAGAUUUCACCUAUAACCUUAAAGUCUUAGAAGAGAGAGAGAGAGAACUCCAACACUAUGACACCUUGUUCACCCAGCUGAAAAUAGUUGAAAAUGCUAAGGAGGCAGAAGUUAGUGAGCUUAGAAUUCAGGUGGACAAGCUGCAACAAGCACUUACUCGAGAAACCAAAAAACAAGAAGCUUUGCUGUACCAAUAUCAACAAAACCUUAAAGAACAUCAGUUAGGUCUGGAGCGGCUUCUCAGCUCUAAGGACUCUGAUAUCAAUCACCAUUGUGAGGAAUAUGAGAAUAUGAAACGACAACUAGAGAGAAAACUUCAGGAAGUAGAAGGUGAACUUGCUUUGCAAAGGCAGGAACUUCUAGUGGAAUUUGAUGCAGAAAUUAAAAAAAGAGAACAUGAAUUUCGACAGAAAGCAGAUGAAAUGAGCAAUUUAUAUCUGUCUCAUGAGCUUAAGGUCAAGUUGUUGACCAAGGAAUUGGAAGCUUUGAAAGAUGCUGGGAUGAAUGCAGCAGAAUCAAUGAAAGUGGUAGAAGCAGCCAAUUUAGAGUUGGAAAAAGAAGUCAGACACAAGGAUUGGGAAAUAAAGGAUCUUGCAGCUGUAAAAGAUGCUCAGAUACAAGAUUUAGAAAGGAGACUUGAUUCAGUGCAGCUGACCUGGAAAAAAGAGAAAGAACGAUUUGAGCAAAAACACGCGGCAAUAGAUCGUUUGACCAGGGAAAAGGAUGCAAAAUUAAGUUCCAUGAAAGAGGCCCAUGUAGAACAAAAGCAUAAAUGGGAGAAUCAAAUCCGAGAACUGCAGAUAAACAAUGAUACCUUGGAAAUGGUACUACAUCGGGCUGAACUGAGGUAUACAGAUUGCUUGAGAGAGAAGGAGGCUGCUGUUGAAAAACUUGAACAAGAGCUAGUGGCACUGCAAUCAAGCUGGGAUUCUAAAGUAGCUCAGAUCUCCAGGGAGACGAUUUCAAAAGACCUUCAGAUUCAAGUACUACAAGAAGAAGAGGUGAAACUGAGAGCACAGGUGACUAGCUUAGUACAAGAUAUUGAAAGGUAUAAGCAGCAGCUUUUACUAUCAUCGGAGAGAGAAGAGGCUCUGGAAAGAGCUAAAGUGCAAAUAGAGCUGGACUGGCGGAGGCAGUGUGAGAAUGCUGAAAGAGAUCAAUAUCAGAAAUCAGAGGCUCUCAUACAGAGCUUGUCGACAGCUAGGGAUCAGGUUACUGCUGAGCUGCAAAAAAAGGAACAGAAGUUGCAUGAAGUGGAAAUGGUCCUGUCUUCUGUAACCUUUGAGAGAGAUCAAGCUGUUGGGGUACUUAAAAAGCAUGGUCUCUUGGCGGAAGGAAAAAAACAGGUUACACUGCAGGAUAAUGUUGGAGCCAUUGAAGCAGAUUUUCUUUCUCCUGAGGUUCAAAGGUUGCAGGAACAGAACAACAACUUGAGGACUGUGAUUGCAGAAAUGAGGAGAGAAAUGGAGACCCUUAAUAAUCAAGAAUCUUCUUUGGACUACGCCAAAAUAAAAGCACAGGAUACAGAUAGGACUGCUGAUACUGCUGCAGUUUCAUUCACUCCUGGUACAUUGCAACCAGAUGAAAUUACUGGAGCUUCUUUGAAAAAGCAUGAAGCUAAAGCUCCACAUGUGGAUUUAACAGGAACACAAGUGAAUGCAGUGUCUGAGAGACGUCAGGGUGACUCUGUACAUCUCAAGCAAUGGUUCUUCGGCAUGGAGGCUGGCGAUGGAUCCCACCAACCUACAGGAAACUAUGAACAAUUGAUGCAAAGGAAACUGAAGGAAGCUGUGAGAAAAAUCUCCAAUCUGAGCAAAGAAAAGCAACAGUUACUAGAGAUGGUAAACAGACUGAGAGCAGAACUUGGAGCAGUAUCAAAGGAAGGAUCUCAAGAUUCCAAGUGCUCAAAUCAGACUCCAGGACAUAUUUUCCUUGAUGCUCUCCAUCCAAAGGUUCUAGCCAGGGAGACUAAGCAUCGCCUUUUAGCUUUAGAACAUCUGCAGUACCAGCUUACAACACAGGAGUUACAAUAUGCACAGCGAAAACAUAACUCAGGAAAAUGUCUUGUUGAGAAGUUUAAUAAUAAAAAUGUCCCAAGCAGCAAUAACUGUAGUGAAGGAGCAGAACUCUCAAUGAAACAGGUUCAGUCAAAAUCAUUUGUUAUAAAUGACACUGCAGGACUUCAAAAUAAUGAAAUCUUAGUACCCCAUCAGGAUCAACAGCUUAGAAAAGGAAGUUCCAGUGAAUCCCAGCAAGGCCAAUUGUCAUCACCUGGUACACAUAGUUCCCUGCAGGAUAUUUGGCAGAUUCUAGAGAUGGGAUCAAGCCCUUCCAUUCUAAGUCCACAGGGCAACAAAGACCAAGAGGAGUACCAAGGUCUCCAUGGAGUUGAAAAAUCUGAAGACGCUGAAGAAAAAGCCAGCAUAUAUUUAGAGAGGACACCAGCAGCUGCCUUAACCAUCACAGGAAACAAGUUUAAUGUCCAGCCAAAACAAAAACCAAACAAGUCAUCAUAUGACCAACCACGAAAGCCUCGUACCUUUCGGGAGAAAACCAGAAUUCGAAAUUACAAUGUAAAGGAUUGA